AUGAAAGCUCGAGACGCUGGUAAUGGCUUCGGAAAGAGGGAGAAAGAUGGUUGUGAGCCAUCACCUUCGUCUAGCUGUGACGCUGUUCGUCAAUGGCCGUCGAUCCAUCAGGUCAAGGUCACAAGAUUCAAAUGUGGAGGAUUCUCAAUUGGGUUUGUGAUCAACCACAGCAUACUUGAUGGGAAAUCAGCGGCUGAGAUGUUCCACAACCUGGCCUCCAUCUGCAGGGGUGAAGGCCUCAAGACCCAUGAGCAAGAUAACUCCACCCUUGCACAUGGGUUUGUUGGGAAUGCAGUUGUAACAGCUUGUGCAAGUGCAAAGGUGGUGGAUUUGAAUAAGGAGUCUUUGGGGUUUUGUGUUGAGAAGGUGAAGGAAGCAAUAGAGAUGGUGGCAGAUAAGUAUGGGAAGCCCACCUAUUGUGGCCCAGUUGUGAGUGGAAUUGAUGAGUUUGUGUUAUUGCUCUCUGAUGGUAUUGGGGUGAGGAGAGGUGGAGGUGUCAAUGAGCAAGAUAACUCCACCCUUGCACAUGGGUUUGUUGGGAAUGCAGUUGUAACAGCUUGUGCAAGUGCAAAGGUGGUGGAUUUGAAUAAGGAGUCUUUGGGGUUUUGUGUUGAGAAGGUGAAGGAAGCAAUAGAGAUGGUGGCAGAUAAGUAUGGGAAGCCCACCUAUUGUGGCCCAGUUGUGAGUGGAAUUGAUGAGUUUGUGUUAUUGCUCUCUGAUGGUAUUGGGGUGAGGAGAGGAGGAGGUGUCAAUGUAUGGAUGGCCUUAGAACAAGAGAAGAUGGAGAAAUUCAUGAUGCAUGUGUUUGAGAUGUAG